UUUGCCCAAGAUGACGACAUAGCGAAAUGGGCGUCCCUCUCUUCCCAAUUUCCCGACAUCCCAUCUAUGCUGUCUGUAGUGGUCCGGCUUCCCAUUCCCAACAAAUUAAGCUCCAGAGCCCUAAAUCAAGAUUCUCACCAGCUCUCAAAGCCAUGAAAUCUUAGGUUGUGUCUGUCUGUGAAAAGUGAGUUACAAGUGAAGAUGGAGCUACUUGGUUGCAGUUGAUGUGGAGAAGACACACAGAGAGAAAAAUGAAAAGGAAAGAUAGAUGCUGUGACAAGGUUGUGCCAACACCGAAGAGAAAUAGGAAAUCCAAGUCCGAAGUAAAAGUGGAUGAGUUUCAGCGCCUCCCAGAUGAGCUGCUUCUCUCCAUCUUCACCAAGAUGCCAGAUUUCAAAUAUGUUUGUCAAUGCUCAUUAGUCUGCAAGCGCUUUGCAUCUGUGAUCACCCUUGUGCACAAUGUUACGGUGACUUUUAUUAGCAAAGAAUGUGAGGUAUCUGAAGAUCUCGCACACAUCCAGAAUGCUUUUGAUAAGAAAAUGUCCCCUCAAAACCAAAUAACUCCAAAAAUGGACAUAACAUGCUUGCGCCAGACACUGAAGUUUAUCAAUUGCCUCAGGAAAUUUAAAGAUCUAAAAUCUGUCCACAUCAAGUUCUCAUAUGUGGAAACAUCAUCAUCCACGCCGCUUGAGUGGAAGACAAAGUUUGGACCUGAACUGGAAUAUGUCGUGGCUCUUUUACCUACUUCAAUUGAGAAGAAAACCAAGCAGGAACUUAGUCAAGAUCAAGAAGUUGGAGAUGUUACAUGGAGUCUUACCGAAAGUGAGUUGGAGCAUAGUCUAUACAGGGCAUAUGGCUGUUGCCAAGAGACUGUUGUAAGACAAACUAUUCUAUAUAUGUUAGUUGAGCAUCACUCAAUGCUUCAUAGUGUGACAAUAACAGACUCUGAGAAACAGGGGCGGUUGUGCAUACAAGAUGAACAGCUUCUUGAGUUAAAAAAUAGCUUUAGAAAUAAAGACUUGGAGCAGAUAUUUGAAGAAGUCAAGAUACCUCAUAUAUUUAAGGUUGGCUAUGUGCCUGUUGUACGUUUGCCUGCAUUAGGAUACCUCUUGAAGGGUGUUAUUCUUUUGAUUUUCAAGCCUAAAGAAGAGCCCUCUGCAGGUGAUGAAGAUGUUGAUGACAACAGUGCUUUAUUGGCAUGGCAAUAUGAUGAUGAAGAGGUGUUUAGGGAAACUGUAAGAGAAAUGUUAGUGAACCACAAAGAAAGGAUGCACCUGGUUCCAAGAGCUGCUGAGGAUGCUGUAGCAUGAAAUCUCGCUGUAACCGUGAACUAGGGAUCCCCUCAUUCUGUUUUACUAUUGUUUUACUUCAUAGAGAAAAGAGAAAAUAUGCACCUCUUACUUGUAGUACACCCUUAUUAUUCUUGACCAAGUUGGAUAAUAUUUAAAGAUUGUUGUAAUUCUAUUUUUGAUGUCAGUAUAGCAUCUGAUAAGUUUAUACAAGUUCUACAAUUUGUUGCAA